AGAGGAGGAGACGCCUUCCUGCUCCGCCUUUGGGGUUUAAGGGGGGGAGGGAGGAGGGCUGGGUUUGUGAGAGAGCCCCCCCAAGAAGAGCCUGCCUGUGGUGCCCAGAAAGGGGGGCGUCUGAGCAGAACCAGCUCUGCUUUGCAAAGGACAGGAAACGCAGCUGUAAACGCUUAUUUGUAGUGGCAUCUGCUCAGUGUAUGGAGGGACCCGGCUGUGCCGCAGACUCUCUGACAAAGUUCUCUCCAUCCCUGGUGAUCUGCUGGCUGACUUUAGCCUAAUCUUGCAGUCAAAUCCUGUGGCUAAAGACUCAUUUCCUACCAUGUUUGCCUGUGAGACUUGGGGUCUUGCAGGCCAGACCUCAGUCUAUAAUUGGGACAAGUCCAUCUACAUCUUGGAAGACAAAACGGAACCAGAACAAGGAUCUGGAGAACUAGAUCUUCAUUUCAAAGUCCUGCUUGAGCAGGAGAUGUAUCCAGAAAUUACAAUUGAGGAGGAGGAAGAGGGGGCACACGGGAAUGAAAUAGUUGUUGAUGCUGAAGGAGCAGCAGAGGAAGAGGAGGAAGAAGAAGUAGAGGUAGAUCCAGAUGGAGCAGAAGAGGAAGAGGAGGAAGAGGAAGAGGAGGAGGAGGAGGAAGAAGGAGGAGAGGAUGAGGAUGAUGAUGAUGAUGACGACGACGAAGACAUAUCUGUGGUAACUCCAUCACUCCCCAAACGACGGGAAGUAGUGGGAGAAUCAGAGGGAGAUGACUCAUUGAUGGUGGUAUGCACAGGGACCGUCGAAGAACUUUUGGGGUUGGAGGCAUCUCCCACAGUUGAACCAGAGCAACUUGAGGAGCCGCCACAACCUCAGCGCUGGGAGGUCCAGUGGGAGGCAGUAUCACAGGCACCAGAGGCUCCAGGUCCAGUUACAGUUCCAGCUUCAGAUCCAGAUCCAGUUCCAGCUUCAGCUCCAACUACAACUCCAGCUCUUGAUCCAGUUCCUGCAUCAGCUCCAAGUCCAGCUCCUGAAAUAGUGCAACCAACCCCAUCAAAACCACCACAACCACAACCACCGCCGCCGCCAGAGGUUCCUCCAGUGGUGGAGAUGGUGCCGAUAGACUUAGAAUCGGAGGUCUUCUCCACUUCUUUGGAGCAAGCAGGGAACUCUACCUCCCCGUGGGGAAUGACAUUUCCUGACGAGAGCCACCAAGAAACCCAUGCUAGCCCAGCCAGCGCAGACCGAGCGAGCAUUGGAAAGCCUCGGACACCUGUUUCAGGAGGGGGUGGCUUCUCCCUGGAGUCGGCCCGCCGGCGUUUCCGGCAGUUCUGCUACAAAGAGGCCGAGGGGCCACGGAAGGCUUGUGGACAGCUCUGGGAGCUCUGCAAUCACUGGUUGAAGCCGAAGAACCGCACCAAGGAGCAGAUCCUGGACGUACUAAUCCUGGAGCAGUUCCUGGCCGUCUUGCCUCCUGGGAUUCGGACCCAAGUUUGGGAACGCAGUCCUGACACGUGCGCACGGGCCGUGGCCCUGGCUGAGGAGCUCCUGGCCAAACAAAACGAAGCAGAGCGACCAGAGGAGGAGGAUUCAGAUCUAUUUGAAGAAGUGGUUGUGAACUUUCCUGAUGACGACCAGGUCCUAUCAGACGCUGAGCAGGGAGAAAUGUACACGGAAGCAGAACAGAGGGGUGACGUGGAUAUUUGUUUGCUAGGUUCUUCUGACACCGAAGCAACAUGGGAUUCUUCAGCGGAGGAAGGAGAAGGAGGCUCCGCAGGUGCCAGGACACCCAGCAGAGCAGAUGUCCAGUUUGAAUUUGGGGAAAGACUCAACGGAGCAGUGCCACACUUGCCCCCCAAAAGGAUCCGUGUGAGAGAGAAACGCCAUCCUUGCAUGGAAUGUGGGAAGCGGUUCCGGUGUCAGUCAGAAUUGGCCCUGCACCAGAAAGUCCACACAAGGCCUAAAUCAUAUAACUGUGCUGAGUGUGGGAAACAGUUUGGCCGAUCCUCGCAUCUCACCAGGCACCAGAAAACCCACAUGGUUGAGGAAUGCCAUGUUUGUACAGAAUGCGGCAAAAGGUUCCGCUGGUCAACAGAGCUUGCCAUCCACCAGCGGAUCCAUUCGGGCGAACAGUCGCAGUAUAACCUUGAUUCUGAUAUGUUGUUCCAGUGGCCCCCAGAGUUCCCAAUAAACCCAAGCCUUUACACAGGAGAGAAAACCCCUCCGGCAGCCAACUUCACCAAGGCCCCCACGGUCAAGAAACCCCACCUCUGUCCAGAAUGUGGGAAAGGUUUCCGGUGGCCAUCGGAGCUAGCAGCACACCAGAAAACCCACAACAAAAACAAACACUACCUCUGUUCGGAGUGUGGGAAAGGAUUCCAAUGGCCUUCGGAGCUGCUUGCGCACCAGAAAACCCACACCGGGGACAGCUCACCUGUCGUUAACAACUGCAGCAACAGCAACGGUCACCUUACUACAUACCUUGGAGCUGCUACGCCUGAGAAGCGCCAUCUUUGCGGCGAGUGCGGCAAGGCCUUCCGGUGGCCCUCGGAGCUCGCCACCCACCAGAGAAUCCACACGGGAGAGAAGCGUUAUUUUUGCACCGAGUGCGGAAAAGGAUUCAUCUGGCCCUCGGAGCUGGCUGCUCACCAGCGAACCCACACUGAAAAGCAAGCCUAUCAGUGCAUGGAAUGUGGGAAGAUUUUCCACGACCUCUAUGCCCUCACAAGGCACCAGAAGACUCACCUGGGGAACAAGGUCUACCCCUGUGCUGAGUGCGGGAAGACUUUUAGCCGCCAGUCUCACCUGACCCGGCACCGGAUCACCCACACCGGAGAGAGACCCUACCCUUGCAUCGAGUGUGGGAAAAGGUUUGGUCGGCAGUCUCACCUCACCCGGCACCUGAGAAUCCAUACGGGAGAGAGACCGUACGAGUGCGGGGAGUGUGGGGUGAGGUUCAGGAGGAGGCACAGCAUGAUCUACCACCAGAGGAUCCACAUGAGAGACGGGGCUGGAGGAACGGACAUGGCAAACCUUCCUGAUAUGGAAAACCUUCCUGAAAUGGAAAACCUUCCAGAUGGUUUCCAGAGCCCCAUCCAUGUAACGAUCUGAAACUUUGGUGUGGGUGGCUGAGGGUGGGUGUGGGGAGGAGAGGAACAUUGGGUCGUUGUGUGAUGGGACUAAAUCAUCAGCAAACUUACCUACAAAGCAGACCCAAAACACAAGGCUGUCCAGAAGGGCAACACUAUCUGAUCUGAUGGUUAGGUGCCUCAACUUUCCUGAAGGCCCCAGCACAUGCUACAUAGGGACACCUACACAAUCUUUGUGAUCACAUGCUGCUUUGUUGUCACUAGAGAAAACCCGGAUUCCCCUCACUUCCUCACUGUUGGGGAAUUUGUGCAGCCCGAUUAGCCCCACUGCUAUAACUCUGUAGAUUUUGCCCCUUGUAGCAAAGAGAGAAAACACUGGAAGGAUUUCUCCCCUGCUCCUUUUGAACCAACUAGAACGAACAUCCUGUUCUCUGGAACGUGUGUAUUGGAGUCCAGAAACCAGCCUUUCUCCCUCCCCAACUUUCUUUGUAGCCCUGUUGUUUUUCCCAAUCUUUGUCGUAGAGCUGGGCCAGCAGAAUCGUAUGGAAAGAGAACUGUGGAUUUCCCAGUGUCCGACUCCGUGGGGACACAGGUUGGCUGGGUUGCAUGUGGUGCAGGACACCCUUUGCUCUCAAAUUGUUCGUAUAUCGAAGGGAGAAUUCAAACAAGUGCCACUUUUCUCACAGUCGCUCUGCAGCAACGGGGAGAAACAAAUAUAUAUAUGACUUUCCAAAGGGCAUAAAGCAACCCUUCUCUAUCUCUAAAGCAGACAUGGGCAAAAUUGGACCUUCUAGAGGUUUUGGACUUCAACUCCCACAAUUCCUCACAGCCUCAGGCCUCUUCCUUUUCCCCUUCAGCCGCUUAAGCGGCUGAAGGGGAAAAGGAAGAGGCCUGAGGCUGUGAGGAAUUGUGGGAGUUGAAGUCCAAAACCUCUAGAAGGUCCAAGUUUUGCCCAUAUCUGCUCUAAAGGGAACACAUUCUGAGAAGCACUUCUCUUUAAUACCAAGACAUCAGGGGCCUUACAAUCCUAUAAGAAAAAUAGAGGCAACUUUUGGUGUUUUCAUGGGAAAUCAAAUUAUGUCAUCCACCCAACUUGGACCAGAGCAGUCUUUCCCAGUCUGGCAUCCUCUAGAUCAGGGGUCCUCAAACUAUGGCCCUCCAAGGUAAUUUACCCGACCCUCGCUCAGUGUCAACCUAAUUCUGAAAUGACCUGAAAGCACCCAACAACAAUAACAAUCUUAUCUCAUCAGCCAAAAGCAGGCCCACACUUCCCAUUGAAAUAUUAAUACGUUUAUAUUUGUUAAAAUUGUUCAUUUUAAUUAGUGAAUUGUUUUUAAGUGGGUUUUUUUGCACUACAAAUAAGAUAUGUGCAGCGUUCAUAGGAAUUCAUUCAUGUUUUUUUUUUCAAAUUAUAAUUCGGCCCUCCAAUAGUUUGAGGAACUGUGACCUGGCCCUCUGUUUAAAAAGUUUGAGGACCCCUGCUCUAGAUAAAUCGGCCUAUACUUUCCAUCAUGCAUCCCAUGCAUGGCCAUUCAAGUUGGGGAUGAUGGGAGUAGUAGUCAAAUACAGCUUGAGGACUGCCUCGAAAAGGUGAAAAAAGGGUGCUUCUGUGUGCAGUAACGGUGCCUUCUUGACCCUCCGACCACUACCGUAUUCCUCUGAAGGGUCUGCCUCUUUCCUUUGGAGUAAGUGCCACUGCCAUUAAUGGGCUUACUAAUUGCAUUUAUAAUUGCAGUGCGCAAAAAAACAGAUCAUUGGGUGGGAUGUUGUAAGUUUUCCGGGAUGUAUGGUCAUGUUCCAAAAGCAUUGUCUCCUGAUGUUUCGCUUGCAUCUAUGGAAGGCAUCCUCAGAGGUUGUGAGGUCUGUUGGAAACUAGGAAAAUGGGGUUUCUAUAUCUGUGGAAUGUCCAGGGUGGGAGAAAGAACUCUUGUCUGUUUGAGGUAGAUUGGCCAUCUUGAUUAGCAUUUAAUGGCCUAGCUCAGUGGCUCUCAACCUGGGGUCCCCAGAUGUUUUUGGCCUUC